AUGUCUACUAUCGGAACUCUGGAACAUUUUGACGUAUCGAAACCUUUGUCGUGGGACUCUUACUACGAAAGAUUGGAAUGUUUUUUUGAAGCAAAUUCUAUUGAAAAAGAUGAACAAAAACGUGCUGUUUUUUUAAGCGUAUGUGGUCCUGACACAUACUCUGUAAUACGUUCCUUGGUAUCACCGAGCGUCCCAACGAGUAUCAAGUUACCAGAUUUGAUCAAAACUGUUAAAGCUCAUUUUUCGCCCAAACCAUCCGAAAUAUUUCAGCGAUAUUUAUUUUAUCGUAGGAAACAACAAAACGAAGAAACAAUUUCUUCAUUUGUUUCUGAAUUAAGAAGAUUGGCAGAACAUUGCAAUUUCGGAGCAUCGCUAGAAGUAAUGUUAAAAGAUAGAUUGGUUUGUGGAAUUAAAGAUGAAAAUCUACAACGAAGAUUACUCUCUGAAACUUCUCUAACGUUUUCGGAUGCCCUGGAUAAAGCAAUUGCAGCGGAAACUGCUAGUAGAAACGUAAAAGAAAUACGAAAUUCUGAUUCGUUAUCCGUGAAACCGAUUCAAGUCAGGAAUAACAACUCAACUCACAAGUGGAAUCAGAAACAGAAUGUAAACAAAGAUCGUUCAAAAUCUAAGAACUGUUCUGGCUGUGGGGGUAAUCACCCUAGAAUACAGUGUAAAUUUAAAGAUGCUGAAUGCCAUGUCUGUAAGAGGAAAGGACAUAUUGCAAGGGUAUGUAGAAGUAAAUCUAAUAAUUUUCCAAAUAAUAAGCAAGUGUUUAAGAAAAAUUUUAACACUAAUUCUGCAAAUUUAAUCGACACUGUUCCUGAUGUUGAGUCUCUGCAGUUAAAAUAUUUAUGUGUAAACAAUGUUAACUGUUCAAAAUUGAAAGCUACUGUUCAUAUAAAUGAAUCGCCAGUUAUAAUGGAAGUUGACUCGGGUGCUAAAGUUACAAUUAUUGAUAAUUUUACAUUUAAAGAACUGUUCCCUACUAAUCCUCCGAGAUUAGAAAAUUGUCCUUACUUAAUUAGAGAUUACAAUAAGAAUGCUGUCAAAAUUUUAGGACAGUGUGACGUUGACGUGCGUUAUUCAUCUUUCAAAGGAAAACUUCCAAUUUUAAUUGCUAAGGAGCCUAGAGAAAGCUUGCUAGGCACAAAUUGGUUUGAGCCAUUAGGAAUAUGUUUAACUGGAGUUCAUAGGAUCAGUAACUUAACUCUGGACAGUGUGGUGGAGGAAUUUUCAGACGUUUUUAAAGAUGAGUUAGGGACUUACAAAGGUGCACCUAUAACACUCAAAUUAGAUCCUACCUUUCGUCCAAUCCAAUUAAAAGCGAGAACGGUACCAUAUGCACUAAAACAAAAAAUCGAGAAGGAAUUGCAACGGUUGCAAGAACAAGGGGCAAUUGAGCCGGUGGGAUUAUGCAGAAUGGGACAACUCCUAGCUUUGGGUCAAUACCCAUAUCCAGUUCCUGCUGUGAGUCAAGUGUUAGCUGAACUUGCAGGUAGUCGUUAUUUCAUCAAACUAGAUCUUUCGCAAGCUUACCUACAACUCACCGUUGAUGAAGACAGUGCUAUGGCCCAGACAAUCGUAACUCACAAGGGUGCAUUUAAAUGUAAACGCUUGCAAUUUGGAAUAUCUUCUGCUCCCGGAAUUUUUCAACAGUUCAUUGAAAGGCUGUUAUCGAGUAUUCCAGGCGUGCUGCCGUAUUUUGAUGAUGUUUUAAUAAAAGGAUCAACUAUGGAAGAACUUACAGACAGAUUCAGGCAAGUUUUAAAGAAGUUUUCUGAAUCUGGCUUAAGACUCAACAAAGAAAAGUGCAUCAUCGGAGCUUCAAGUAUUCAAUAUUUAGGAUUUCACAUUGAUAAAGAUGGAAUUAAGCCAACCAAAGACAAGGUUGAUGCUAUUCGCAAUGCUCCAACUCCCAAGUCCAAGGAAGAGCUUCAAGCAUUUUUAGGACUUUUAAACUUUUAUCAUGUGUUUUUGAAAAACAAGGCUGACAUAGCCGAACCACUUCAUCGUCUCUUAGACAAGGAUGCUCACUGGACGUGGACAAACACUCAUCAGUCUGCAUUUGAAAAGGUAAAGCGACUCCUGUCGGCGGAAACUCUACUUACUCAUUUUGACGAAAAGAAGCCCAUCAUUUUAACUUGCGACGCAUCUCAAUUUGGAAUCGGAGCUGUGUUAAGUCAUCAACUAGAAGAUGACACAGCAGCUCCAAUAGCAUAUUAUUCACGAACGAUGAAUAAAACAGAACGUCGAUAUGCACAAAUCGACAAAGAAGCAUUGGCUAUUAUUCAAGGUGUAAAGAAGUUCCAUAACUUCUUAUUUGGACAGAAAUUUGAAAUUCGCAGUGAUCACAAACCGUUGCUAGGACUUUUAGCUCCGAACAAACCUAUACCUUCAAUGCUCUCUCCAAGAAUGCAGAGAUGGUCGAUCAUGUUAAGUUCAUAUGAUUACAAUUUAGUCUAUAAACCAGGAAAGGAAAUAACCAACGCUGACGGUCUAAGUCGCCUUCCACAGCCAAUAUCGUCCAACGAAGAAAAUUCUCCAAUGGAAAUUUUGUUGUUGGAAGCUUUGAAGAAGCCGCUUUUGAAAUGUGCUGAUUUAGCUCGUCUUACGGCCCUAGAUCCCAUAUUAUCUCGAGUUCUCAACUGGACAUGGAGGGGAUGGCCCGAACGAAAUCCCGAUAAGGUAUUUGAACCGUUUUACACAAGAAAGUUAGAACUGUCUGUACACAAAGGUUGCUUGCUAUGGGGAGCAAGGGUAAUUAUUCCAAAAAAAGCUCAAGCUGACCUGUUGGGAAUAUUACAUAAUACUCAUCAGGGUAUUGUUAAAACUAAAGCUCUUGCUAGAAGCUAUGUCUGGUGGCCUGGCAUCGACAAAGAUCUAGAAAAGGUGGUCAACUCAUGUGAAACGUGUCAACAGACAAGAAAUGUACCUCCAAAAACGGUUAUUCCAUGGGAAAACACGAAGACUCCAUGGGCUCGAAUCCACAUCGACCAUGCGGGUCCAUUUCAAAAUUCGUUAUUUCUUAUUGUUGUUGACUCAUUUUCUAAGUGGUUGGAAGUAGUGCAGGUUCCUUCCACCGAGUCCGCCGCAACGAUAAAUGCAUUAAGAAAAUUAUUUGCUACUCAUGGUAUACCCAAUAUACUAGUCUCGGAUAAUGGUCCAUCCUUCACUUCUGAAGCAUUUCAAGAUUUUUUGGUUAGGAACGGUAUUAAAUUUGUUCCUACUGCACCGCAUCAUCCAUCUUCAAAUGGACAGGCGGAACGCAUGGUGCAGACGACUAAGAAUGCCUUAAAGAGAAUUAUUACAGGAAAUUGGGAAUACAGACUUGCAGCAUUCUUACUUUCUCAACACGCGACACCAAAUUCUACUACAGGCGUAAACCAUUAA